AUGGCUCUCUACUUCCUUCCACCACAAACACGACUCGCUCGUCGAGGCCUUUUUGACAGUAUUCUCGAAGACAUCGACCGUAUCGAGUCUGCAAUACUACCAAUGCUGAUAACUGUCUCGCAGCAACGAGAGGAAUCUGCUGGAAAACUAGCGAAGGUUACUGAUGACGAUUCCAAGCUAGCUAUCUCUUUAAAUGUCGCAAACUUCAAACCAGAAGAGCUAUCAGUCGAUUUGGAUGGAAGAAAUCUAAGGGUACAAGGCAAACAGGAAAUCAAACAAGAAAACGGCUACUCUAUGAGUGGAUGCUUCCUGAUGACGUCUGAGCAACUCAAAUCCUCUCUGACUAAAGACGGUCACCUCGCCCUGGAAGCACCCAAAAUCACGAAGAAAACGCCAACCACAAGGAGCAUUCAUAUAGAAGAGGUACCAGCUGCAGUAAAGGGAAACGAAAAUGAUCAGCAAUAA